AUGGCUGCUUCAAAUCCUCAAAACGUUAUUCGAAGGAAACUCGUCAUCAUUGGUGACGGAGCGUGCGGCAAGACCAGUCUGCUCAGCGUGUUCACGCUUGGAUACUUUCCCACACAUUAUAUCCCCACCGUCUUCGAAAACUAUGUCACAGAUUGCCGUGUCGAUGGCAAAUCUGUCCAACUCGCGUUAUGGGAUACCGCUGGCCAGGAGGACUAUGAGCGACUAAGACCUCUUGCCUACUCCAAAGCGCAUGUUAUCCUUAUCGCUUUCUCCGUUGACACUCCCGACUCUCUCGACAACGUCAAGCACAAGUGGAUAGAAGAAGCUAGCCGUCUCUGCCCCGACGUCCCGAUCAUGCUUGUCGGUCUUAAGAAGGAUCUUCGCGAAGACCCCGUGGCGAUCGAGGAGAUGCGCAAGAAGUCUCUGCCCUUCGUCACCACUGCGCAGGGCGACUCCGUCGCCCGUGAAGUCGGCGCUCGGAAGUACCUCGAGUGCUCCAGUCUCAGCGGCGAGGGCGUCGACGAUGUGUUCGAGGCUGCCACACGUGCGGCACUGCUGACAUUCGAGAAGGGUGAGGGAGGAGGGUGCUGCGUUAUCCUCUGA